UGAAGAACGAAGAACAGAAGUAAGGAAGAAGUGUGGUUAUUUAGUUAAACGCAAAUAUUUUCGCUUAGACAAAAAAAAUUAUACCAUAUUUUAAGUUCGCGCCUAACAAGGAAUGUAAGAUAAUAUUCAAAGAAAAUAGAACCAAUAAAGAGCAAACAAAAAACGGUAAAAUAAAAGAGGACAGAAACAGUUCAACGCAACAAAAAGGGCGCCCCAAUUUCACCGACUUCAGGCUGAGUUAUUGGCUUCUUUAACGUCUAGAGUCUUCAGCGGGAUUUCAAUUGCAACAACAUUGGGAAAAGUAGUUAGCGAGAAAGCGGAAGUAUUACUGCUAUACAAAAUUAGUUGUAUCGGUUACCUGACAUUACCAGCAGUGGAGACUGAAAGAUUUCGCAGCAGCAGCAACAUCCUCAAUAGUGGCAACAACAGCAGUGAUUGCAAUCAGGUCUUGAUAGGACGCGGUGGCUAGCGCGGAAGUACUGAAACAUUGGGUAAAAGUAAAUGCAGGCAGGUAGACGCUUAUCAUCAGGCGGUUAUUAUGAAAGGAAACUUGUACAAAAUGUCUCGUAAUAAGGAGAAAUACGAGACUACAAACAGACGACAACAGAUUUUUAUGUCAGCAGAAGAUGUGGCUGCUGGUAAAAAAUCUUCAUGGACUGGCAUUGAGAUAACAGCAAAAUGCUGUGUACGCAAUAUUAGUCCCUCAUUGUGGGAAUUUGAACAUUUAACAGCAUUGUAUCUCAAUGACAACCAGCUGUUACGUUUGCCCGGCGACAUUGGUUUGUUAAGCAAUUUGCGCACAUUGGAUCUAUCAAGCAAUAAGUUGCGCAGUUUGCCUGCAGAAUUGGGCGAGUUAAUACAGUUGAGAGAACUUCUCUUGAACAACAAUUACUUGCGAAAUCUGCCCUAUGAAAUUGGUAAACUCUUUCAUUUGCACGUCCUAGGAUUAAUGGGAAAUCCAUUACAAAAAGAGUUUCUAUCCAUUUAUAACGAACCAAAUGGCACUCAAAAACUGCUAACAUAUAUGUUGGACAAUUUGUCAGUUUCAGUAACCCCUCCGCCCCAACGUCCAUGGAUACCAUUAGCCAAACCGAACAAAUCGAGGCCAGCAUGCAUCUUUACAGUUAUGUGUUAUAAUGUUUUGUGCGACAAAUAUGCCACACGGCAGAUGUACGGAUACUGUCCAUCAUGGGCCCUGAGUUGGGAGUACAGAAAAAAGGCGAUACUUGACGAAAUCCGUCACUAUUCGGCGGAUAUAAUUAGUCUGCAAGAAAUCGAAACAGAACAGUUUUAUAAUUUCUUUCUGCUUGAACUGAAGGCCGAUGGUUAUGAGGGUAUUUUCUCGCCGAAAUCCCGUGCCAAGACUAUGUCAGAGAUGGAACGUAAAUUUGUGGACGGCUGCGCUAUUUUCUUUAGAGCUGCAAAAUUCACAUUGAUUAAGGAACAUUUAAUCGAAUUCAAUCAAUUGGCAAUGGCUAAUGCUGAGGGCUCGGACAAUAUGUUGAAUCGCGUAAUGCCGAAGGACAAUAUCGGUUUGGCAGCAUUGCUGAAAGUGAAGGAAAAUGCCUGGGAUCCAAUGACGGAGGUGACACAAAUCUCCCAGCCCUUACUUGUGUGCACAGCACACAUUCACUGGGAUCCCGAAUUCUGCGAUGUCAAACUUAUCCAAACGAUGAUGUUGAGCAAUGAGCUUAAGACUAUUAUCGACGAGGCAAGCCACAGCUUUAGACCCGGUCAUAAGAAUGACUCGAAUAGCGUACAAUUAUUAUUGUGCGGUGAUUUCAAUUCCUUACCCGAUUCCGGUGUUAUCGAAUUUCUCGGCAAGGGACGUGUAGCAAUGGACCAUCAAGAUUUCAAGGACAUGGGCUAUAAAUCAUGCCUGCAACGCUUACUCUCGAAUGACACCAGCGAGUUUACGCAUUCCUUCAAAUUGGCCUCCGCUUACAGUGAAGACAUAAUGCCGCACACGAACUACACGUUCGACUUUAAGGGCAUCAUCGAUUAUAUAUUCUAUACUAAAACAGGUAUGGUGCCGCUCGGUUUAUUGGGUCCCAUUUCGAAUGAAUGGCUACGUGAGAAUAAAGUUGUUGGCUGCCCGCAUCCACAUAUACCCUCGGAUCAUUUUCCGCUGUUGGUCGAAUUGGAACUGAUGCAUACGGCGGGACAACAAGCACCGCCCAAUGGACUGAUUAAUCGACGGUAGCAAUAAAAGGUUGAUAGCCAAAUCAGACAACAACAACAACAGCAACAAACAUAAAUGUAAUGUAGCUGUUGUAAGAAUAGCAGGACAAUUUAGCGUCUGCUAAUCGCCGCAUAAAGACCACAAACAAACAAACAAACAAAAUAUACAAACAAGAAAACAUAAAUAAGUAGAUAAAAACAACAACAAAAACAUAAAGCAACAAAUCGUCUUACAUACACAUGCAUAGUGACCGAAAUGGCAGUAGUUCAUACACAUACAUACUCACGAUUUCUCAUACAUACAUACAAACAUACACCACUCACUCACCAUGUCCAAACAACAACAUUGUACGAAAAUACAUCCUUAAGUUCAACAACAACAACAUUGUACUAAAUACGUCAUUAAGUUCAACAACAACCGCAAAGAAAAUGUUAAAAGGCCACCAACAACAAGGAAAAUAUCAACAUCAUAUAUGAACCAUAUAUCUAUAAAACCACAAAAUAAACACCAACAAAAUUUGCAUACAUUUUAAGUUUGUAAAGCUAGUAAAUAUGUAGUUCUAUAAUGUUCCUCACAUCUACCCAUUCUCUUAUUAUCCCCAAAGGAGUAUUGCUAUGUCUUUCCACAUCCUCCAACCACCGACUGAUAUAUUCCCUUUCGCAAAUUCCAUUUUCUCAAGUGCAGCAAUGCAUGUAAGCUUAUUAUAUGUAUGUAUGUGUGUGUUAUAGCGCUGGCUGAACCGUUGGAUACCCAUUUUUCGAUUGACGUUACUUAAUUUAGUAGCUUAAUAAGCUUGACACAUUUUACCAUCAAAUGCAAUGUGCUUCAUUACACUUCUACUUCAUUUAACAGAAUAUCUUCUAUCAAUUAUCAAUUAGCUUCGUUCAAUUCAACAAAAAGUUUUUAAAUAAUUACUUUAUUUUGAUGAGUAUGUCUUAAUUGCAAAGUAAAUGCGCGUUUUUAAUGCAAUUCCGGUUAAUUAUUAGUAUUCAUUCUGAACUUAUUUGUUAAAUAUUUCUAAUUUCUUCUGUAACAGAAAAUUUAAUUUAAUAUCAUCGUAUAUUUAAACAAAAGUUCCAUUUAUAUUUCGCUUUAAAGUGCUAUCUUAGCUAUGUCUUUCGUGGGAAUAACGAUAUACAUAUAAGCAUAUUCUAACUUUCUCCUCCAGCUUCUGAACGGUUUAACGCGCUUGCCUGCUGCUAAUAGCAUACAGUUUGGACUCCAUACACUUCCUCUCCAAUAGUCCGUCCUACCAUUCUGCCGUGGAACUUUGAAAAUCACUUGAAAAAAAAUGAAAAAUUAUUUAUUGCUCGCCACCUGCAAUACUCAAUAGAAAUAGUUCUGGAACCUAAAGAAAACUUAACACAUUUUAUUGAGUUCCAAGUAAGGGAGUUGAUUUUCGAAAUUCCACCUUGUAUGUUACACUGUCCCCUCUCUGUUACUGCCUUACGGUUUAAAUUUAAAAAACUUGACUUAUGAUCGAUCCUCUUCAUCGUUUAUGCAAAACAUAUUUUUAAUUGAGCCUAAUUUUAAGCUUUGCAAUAGAAUUUUCUAAGUUUACUUACCCUAAAAGUUACUUUCUUUUUUUAGAAAUAGGUAUGUAUGUAAAAUUGCUUUAUUUUGUAAUAAGAACUUACUGUAUAUCUUUACUUUGUAACAUAACCUAAUUUAAGAGUAAAGGUCGUAAUUUGCCAGGCAACACUAUUUACUAUGUGACACAGAGUAUCCCAAUUAAUUUAAAAGCAAACACAUCGGUGAAAAGCGCAUGCAACGCCUUUCCUAAUACCCCCUAAUUCAGUUUCUUCUUCGUAUGCUUAAAGUAGAAUUUUCUAUUUUUCUAUUUACCAUUCUUUUGAUUGUGAAUCUGUAACUAAGUAAAAAUUUUAUUUCAAGUUUUAAAGCUAAAAACAAUUAAUUGCUGCAAUCUAACAAAAUUACAUAUGUACAUGCAAAUGGUAAGGCAAAUAAUGAAAAUUAAAUAAACUACCAAUGAUACCAGAUCAAAUCCAAGAGGUACUUUUUGCAUUUGAAAAUCAAAAUUGUGAAUUAAUAAACCGCAGUAACACCAAUAAUAUAAAUCAAUUUAGCGAGAAUGCUUGUAAAGCGUACAUACAUGCAUAUAUACAUACAUAAUAGAAUAUUGGUUUUAUUCACAGAAUGCAAAAACACAUACAAAAAAAGUGCUAAGAAAUUUUUAUGAAAAUAGAAACAUAGAGAACACUAAGGAAACCCAUUAAAACAACAAAAAAGCGUAAUGAUAAAAAAAUAUUCGCCGAAAAGUAUACCACACAUACUACAUACAUACAUACAUAUAUAAAGUAUUUUUAUAUAGACAAACUUGUAAUGUAAUUGGAAUGAUUAGAACAUGAUUAUGAGUGGUUGAUUGAAAAUGAAAACAUAAAAAUUAAAAAUAAAUAAAUGCUAGAAAAAAAAUAAUAAAAAUUUAACGAUUUAGUUGGGCAAUUUAAUGUAAAGAAAUAAAUAAAUGCGCAUUUACAAAUAUGCCACAUCUAGAGAUCGUCAAUCAAAAGCAUUGUUUAUCUCCCUUUAUUUAUAUUAUAUAAGUAUGAUAUCCUUCGUUAGCGCGAUUUAUAGUUUUCACAUCUACUAUGCACUUAAAAUUUUUUAAUAUAAAAACAUCAAACCCCAUAUAAAAAAGUAUACAUAAAUAUAUAUUUAUAUCGUCAUUCACAUUUUCCAACGAAUUUCAUUGGAGCUAAGAUUUGAUUCAAUUCGAAAUUUGAAUUUCGAAAAUAUUUUCUACCGGAACACGAAAUACAAUUCGUUUAUUUUGUCGAGUUCGAAUAAGUGUAAUCGCUGUAGAGAACUACAUUUUUCCGUAGAUUGUUUUAACUACGGGAAAGUUAAAAGCCUUUUCGAUUGGAUUUGAAAUUUCUCUUACAACAAUAGCAACUGCCGAGCGAAACUUUGCAUUAUUACCUUCAGCCGACAAGGCUGAAUUCAAACAGUAGAAAAAAUAUGCAGGAAUACGUACAUAUAUAAAGUAAACAACAUCAAAUCAGUACAAAAGUAAUUCAUAAAGUGAGUGAUGAAAUGAUAAAUUAAAUUGGAUUCAUCAUUGUUAUUGUAAUAGUGUAAAAUACUUCAUUGUUAUUGCAAUAUUGUAAAAUACUCUUCAAAAUGUGUACUGGAACAACAAUACUACAGACAUAAUUCAAUGCUUUCAAACUAAUUUAAAUAAAAACGCAAUAUUGUAAUUAAAUUUUAAAAUUAAUAAAAGCGGUGAUUCCAAGCGAAUGCACACGUAUUCUAGGGAUGAAUUCGGUGAUAAUUUCGUUAAACAAUUCUCAAAAGUUUGUGAGUAUUGUUAAGUUUUUUAAAUAUUCAUACAGUUAAAAUAUCUGUAUCAGUUUUGCAGGCGAAUCAGUAAAUAAACUAAGUUGAGAAAUAUCCGAAAACGCAACCAAAAAUUACGAGGAAAAAAUUAUGUCUGGUCGAAU